UUUAUUCACAUCUUUUCAUGCAAAUAAAUACACCCUUCAGGCUUCACUCCACUCUCACAGUCACAACACCAACUACGACUACACAUGAACAUGGACCAGUGUCACCGAACAUAUUUCCCGGCGACUUUCUAUCUUCUCGCCGGAAUUUGUCUACUCUUAUUAACUUCCCCAGUUAAUGGGUGGCGUCCAUGGCCCAACCAAAAGCCCAACACCACCGAUUUAUUGUACAGCCCAUCCAAAAAGUAUGAAGGCUCAUCGGACUUAAUUAAGUUAAAAUACCACAUGGGCCCUGUUCUCACUGCCAACAUCACCGUUUACCCCAUUUGGUACGGCCGAUGGAGCAAAUCCCAGAAAAGAAUUAUCCGGGAGUUCAUCAACUCAAUCUCCGCCGUCGAUUCCAAACCGCCGUCAGUUUCCGGUUGGUGGAAAACAGUCCAGAGUUACACCGACCAAACCGGAGCCAACAUCUCCGGUAAUGUACACAUCGGAGCUGAAAAAACCGAUCGGUCUUACUCUCAUGGCAAAUCGUUAACCCGUUUAUCGAUUCAGUCUGUUAUAAAAUCUGCCGUCACAGCCAGUACCACUCCCCCUUUACCGAUAAAUUCCAAAAGCGGUGUGUAUUUACUACUCACAUGUGAUGAUGUUUAUGUCGAAAAUUUCUGUCAAGACGUUUGUGGAUUUCACUAUUUCACUUUCCCUUCCAUUGUGGGUUACACCUUACCAUACGCAUGGGUAGGUAACUCCGGCAAACUAUGCCCCAGUGUUUGUGCAUACCCGUUUUCCGUACCCGAUUACAUGGGUCGGGGUUUCAAAGCUGUGAAAUCGCCGAAUAACGAUGUGGGUGUUGACGGAAUGAUUAGUGUGAUUGCUCAUGAAAUUGCUGAGUUAUCCACGAAUCCGUUGGUGAAUGCUUGGUAUGCAGGUGACGAUCCAAUUUUUCCGGUGGAGAUAGGGGAUCUUUGUGAAGGGAUAUAUGGGUCGGGUGGUGGUGGGUCGUAUACUGGGCAAAUGUUGAACGGUGAAGAUGGUGCAACGUACAAUAUGAAUGGAAUAAGAAGAAAGUUUUUGGUUCAGUGGGUGUGGAAUCAUGUUGUGAAUUAUUGUACUGGGCCUAAUGCACUUGAUCAGUAAAUUUUUCAUUUCCAAUUUUUUUAGUAUUAUAAAUAACUUUAUUUUCUAAUACCUACGUUAUUUGAAUAUGCACAUUUGAAGA